AUGCAGACCGCCUCACAAGCCAUGCAAGACAUUGCCGGUGCCGCAGGGAUUGACCCUCGGCCCAUGCAGAGGACAUCGUUGUUUCAGGGUGCUAAUGAAGGACCAGCAAUAACAGCUGCAAAGAUCUCCGGCACCGUUCAAGGCGGCAAGCGCGUCGACGAUGGGCCGUACCACACGAACAACGAUGCGAUUCCCUGGCCAGCACCCGAUCAUAGCAAGACAGUCGGCGGCCUCCCUUUGGCCUCUGACAUCUUCCUCUUUCAGAAGCAACAAGCAUUCAACCGGCACAAGCUCCUGGAAAGAAUGGUCCAUCCUUGUGGGAGUGGUGCGUUUGGUCACUUUGAGACCACCAAAGAUAUGUCGCAUCUUACCAAGGCCGACUUUCUGAGCGGUGUCGGCGUCAAGACCCCUAUCUUCCUCCGUUACUCAACAGUGACUCUUGGACGCGAGUUUCCUGAUCUUGCCAGAAAUCCGCGUGGUUUCGCUGUCAAGUUCUAUACUGGCGAGGGAAACUAUGACCUUGUCGGACUGAACUUCCCGAUAUUCUUCUGUCGCGACCCGAUUCAGGGGCCAGACGUCAUCAGGUCUCAAGGACGCCGACCAGACAACUUUCUACUUGACUAUAAUGCGACCUUUGAUUUACUAGCACAUACUCCCGAAGGUAAUCACGCUGGAAUGAUGUUCUUCAGCGACCAUGGCACGCCGAACGGCUGGAGAAACAAUCAUGGCUAUGGGUGCCAUACUUUCAAGUGGGUAAAUGCCAAGGGUGAAUUCGUCUACGUCAAGUAUCAUUUUCUUGCCGAUCAAGGCCAGAAGCAGUUUACUCGCCAGGAGGCAGUGGAAAUGAGCGGCAUCGACCCAGAUUAUUCGAAGCGUGACCUGUGGCAAGCUAUUGAGAAAGGCGAGGAUAUUUCGUAUACCGCGCACGUCCAGAUCAUGAAGCCUGAAGAGGCUGAUCCUGCCGAGUUGGGAUUCGAUCCAUUUGAUGUGACGAAGGUUUGGCCGAGGAAACGAUUCCCCAUGCAAGAGUUCGGCAAGUUGCGUGUGACCAAGAACCCUGAGAACUUCCACAGGGAUGUGGAGCAGGUCGCCUUCUCUCCUGGAGCAAUGGUUCCCGGCAUCGAGGAUAGCCCUGAUCCGCUUCUGCAAUUCCGCAUGUUCUUCUAUCGCGAUGCCCAAUACCAUCGUCUUGGGAGCACGAACUACCAUCAAAUCCCCGUCAACUGCCCAUUCAUGGCAAAGUCAUUUUCGUCUUUGAACUUUGACGGGACCAUGCGCGUUGAUGCCAACCAUGCCGGCAACCUAGAUUACGCACCAAACUCGUUCGACCCCAUCGACCGCUUCCGAAGCGAUGUAGCCGAAGCACCAUAUCACGUGGCCGAUAACGUCGUGUCUCGCAAGUCCCAUUUCCACCACGAAGGCAAGCUCUCCGAGUACGAUCAACCUCGUGAGCUGUACGAGCGCGUCAUGAACGAUGAGGCACGCGCUCACCUCCACUCCAACACCGCUGUCAUGCUGGACCAGGUCAGUGAGAAAACUAUCCAAGUCAGAUAUUUGGCGCAGCAAUACCUCAUCAGCAAAUCCUACGCUCGGGCUAUCUAUGAUUUGUUGAAGAACAAAGCGUUCCAAUUCAGUGAAGUCGAGGAAAUGGCUAAAGGGGCAGAGAAGAUGACGCACACCCCGAGGUUCCUCCCGAGCAAGGCGACGGAUCGACUGGUUGGAAAGCCAGCUGUGGGUAUCUAUAACAGCUGA